CCAGGAUCUGGCAACCCGGCCCUAGUUGUCACUUUGACAGUUGUCGAUUUUUCUACUGCCGUCGUUUUGCAUCUCUAUUCUAUCGUCAGGGGUUCGUCGCCAGUUGAAAAUUUUUCGUCCAACAUUCGGAACAACAAAGCGACAAGUCACAAGACAGCAGCAACAUGUCGGCCUAUAAGCUGGAGACCGCCCCGUUUGAUCCACGUUUCCCCAACCAGAACGUGACCCGUUACUGCUACCAGUCGUACAUCGACUUCCAUCGUUGCCAGAAGAAGCGCGGCGAGGACUUUGCACCCUGCAACUAUUUCCAGAAGGUCUACAAGACGAUGUGCCCCAAUGCCUGGGUGGAGAAGUGGGACGAUCAGCGCGAGAGCGGCACAUUCCCUGGCCGCAUCUAAGCCGCGGUCCUGUUCCCACAAUCCCAGAAAGCAGAAGCAGAAGCAGAGGAUGAACACCAACCCUACACGCAAAACAGACACAGAACAGUGCACACGACACGAACAAACAACCCAACCAGAGCAGAGGGUUGUCUCCAACGUCCCAGGAUCUAGCAAUUGCAACAAUAAUGUCACACCAAACUGUUUAUGAUUUUAUUUCCCGGCGGUGAAAAGCAUUGACAAAAUACAAAUACACAAUUGUUCAAUUCUGUGAAUACCGA